UAGCUAGCUAGCUAGCUAGCUAGCUAGCUAGCUAGCUAGCUACCGGUAGCAAAGGAGGGAGGUUUUUCCGUUUAUGAUGAGAAAAUCCAGCCACAAGAAAGCCCACACAUUAUUUAUUUGGCAAGAAAACAAACAUCUCAUAUUCUGAGUUCCGAGAGAGCCUUCGCCUUUGUUUAUCUAUUGCAACACGCAAGUCCAACUACGCCAUGGGAUUGACGGAAGAGAGUCCAUUCUGUGUUGCCGUGCUUUCCUUUGACAGAAAGGAUGGCAAAACCGAGUACAAGCUCGAGCAAGUCAACUCAACCUUUGUCGCCUCGGUUGCCCCUCUUUUCAAAAUCCAGGAAUCCCUAAAGGAGAAAUCCUUCGCUCAAGUGCUCACCGCAAACAAGGAGCACCAAACGGUACUAGAAAAUGCCAUUGAGGAAGUUGCCGUCAACCCAAAGCCGGCGCGAGCCCGAGCUCAAAGCAUUGAGGUCUUGACGCUGGCAGAAGAGGAUCAGGGAUUUCCAAUCAAGAGACAUUUUGAUUGGCUUGUCUCCAAGUCCACGCCCGGCCAGAUUGUCUUGUAUGGAGAUCGCUGCCACCAACAGGACAUCGAACAACGCGCCCAGGAUGCCGAGCUUGUCGACUUCUUCAACAAUGCUCCAAUCGCUUUGCACUGGCUUUCGGGAGAAGGGAUUGUUCUGUGGGCCAACAAGAGAGAGUUGGAAGUCUUGGGAUAUACCGAGGAAGAGUACAUUGGACAGCCCAUCAUGAAGUUCUGUCCUGACGAGGAGGAAUUGGUGCUCGAAAUUUUUAAGCAGUUGGGCAGUGGCAACACCAUUAAGGAUGUUCCCGUUCGUUUUCGAACCAAGGAGGGCAAGAUUGUUAACCUUCUGAUCGACUCCAAUGUCAAGUAUGACGAGUAUGGCAAGUUUGCGCACACUCGAUGCUUUAUUCGGGACGACACCGGUCGCAAGAUUCACGAAGCCAAAGCGCAGUUGCUGCUGGAAGAGACAAAGCGGUCUCUCAAGAUGUUGGAUAACUUCAUGAGUCGUUCGUUGCAUCAUGUCCGCACUCCCCUUCACAUUCUUCAAAACAGCAUGGAUCUGAUCCAGGAUCAGGUUCAGACGAUGAAGCGAUUCGCCAGUGAGGAAAAGGUAUCCACGAAAUUUCAGGAGGCAAUCCAGGAAUCGGAAGUUCUCCUCACAGAUGCAACAGAACAAAUCCAGAACAGUGUCGUCCUAUUGGAUGACAUCUCCGACCUUGCCAAGCUUGAUCAGCAGCAGGAACUCAAGCUGAACAAGGAGCUGGUCGAUAUCAAAACCAUUGGUCGGGAAGUCUUUGGUAUGAUUGAUAUCCCCGAUGAUGUGGACGCGGCUUUGGAGUUUCACGGAGGAGGAUCCACUCAUUUGAACACGGACAAACACUAUCUGAUGAAAGUGCUUAGGCACUUGCUGGAUCAUUGUGCGAAUGGUCAAGAUGCUCAGUACAACUUCUCGGAUCAGGAACACCGCCACAUUUCCCUGUUCGUUGGAAACAAGGGUGAUGUCUGCCAGUUCCAAGUGGUGGUGUCGGUCGACAGCGACCUCCCUUCCGGUGAUAUGACCAAGUUGCUUGGAGGUGAAAAGCCAGGCACUGAUCUGCCUCCAAUUUUCCAAAAAUAUCACCAGGAGCUCCUUCCCGACGAGAUCCGGGAUGUCGCUGCCGCGGGAGGACUGCGAAGCAAGAUUGAAGCGAGCAUCAACAGUCAGCGUUUCGACAGUCUGAACAUUGGACUGUCACUCUCGUAUCACUUGGUGGCUGCGUUGGGAGGAGACUUGCGGUACUCCUCUGAAAGCACCCGCAAUUGCUUCUCCUUUGGAAUCCCCCAUUCUAGCACCGAACUCUCCGUCGAGCGAAUUGUGUUCAAAUCCAAGACCAAGAGCAAGAAUAAGUUCGCCAAGGUACCCGAAAUCAAGCCAGCCGAGAGCCCCAAGCAGGACAUUGUCUCCCGCGGAGUUAAAGCUUUCGAACCACCCUCUGUUUUGGUGGUCGAGGACGUUCCCAUGUGUGCCAAGCUGCUUUUGAAGCAACUCAAUCGGCUCAACUGUUCAACAAAGUGGGCCGAGAACGGCCAAGUUGCCGUCGACAUCAUCAAGGAGACGAACCCUGGUGUGUACGACUUGAUACUCAUGGAUAUUCGGAUGCCCAUUAUGGAUGGUAUCGAAGCUACCCGAAUCCUAAAGAAAGAGCUGGGCUGCACCACUCCAAUCAUAGCUUUGACAGGCGAAGUGGGCGAGGAUAUCAGAGAACAGUGCAAAGCCCUCUCAUUUGACGGUUUUCGCAACAAGCCACUCAAGAGAGACGCGUUGCUUUCGAUUCUGAACGAGCAUUUGGGAUACACAGCCCCCACUGGGCCUUCACAGUAAGUUUGAACCGGCCGCUUGUCGAUUCUAGUUUAGGAGGUAGAGAUCCAGUGUAUUGUAUAGAAAAUUGAUUCAUCAUACCC